AGAAUUUCAUAGAAAGACCCCCCACGGUUAGCGUGGGUGUAACUGACAGCGGCAGUUGAUGAGUUCCGCAUAGAUCCGUGUGCCCCACGUUCUUCAACCUCACGUGUAAACUACUUCUUCUUCUUCUUCUGCGUUUUCAUCAUUAACCUUUCUCUCCAAACACCGAUUCUUCACCAUGUCCGAUCAUGCCGCCGAUCUCCCAGCUGCCGCCGCCGGAUAAGCUUCAGCUCUUGGCUGGGAAUCAUGUUGACGUCCUGGAAACACUGGCACCCAAUGUCAGGAAACGUGUUGAGGUUCUCAGAGAUCUUCAGGGCCAACAUGAUGAGUUGGAGACUAAGUUUAUAGAGGAGCGAGCACAGUUAGAAGCUAAAUACCAGAAGCUUUACGAACCACUAUACACAAAGAGGUACGAAAUUGUCAAUGGAGUGGUUGAGGUUGAAGGAAUUACAAAUGAACCUGUGCCUGCAGAAGAUCCUCCUUGUAAUUCAGAGAAAGGAGUGCCUAACUUCUGGCUUACUGCAAUGAAGGCAAAUGACAUACUGGCUGAGGAGAUCACUGAACGUGAUGAGGGUGCCCUCAAGUAUCUUAAAGAUAUCAAGUGGUGUAAAAUUGAUAACCCAAAGGGCUUCAAGCUGGAGUUCUAUUUUGAUUCUAAUCCUUAUUUCAAAAACUCUUUGCUAACGAAAACAUACCACAUGAUUGAGGAUGAUGAACCUAUAUUAGAGAAAGCAAUAGGAACAAAGAUUGAGUGGAAUCCUGGAAAGAGCUUGACAGAAAAGAUUCUUAAGAAGAAGCCAAAGAAAGGAUCAAAGAAUGCCAAACCCAUCAUAAAAACCGAAAAAUGUGAAAGCUUCUUCAACUUUUUCAACCCUCCCCAGGUUCCCGAGGACUUGGAUGAGGAUGAUGAUAUUGAUGAUGAUACUGUCGAGGAGCUCCAAAAUUUGUUAGAACAUGAUUAUGACCUGGGUUCUACUAUCCGGGACAAAAUUAUUCCCCAUGCUGUGUCAUGGUUCACGGGGGAGGCUGCACAGAGUGAUUUUGAGGAAAUAGGAGAUGAAGAUGAUGAUGAUGGGGAUGGUGAGGAAGAUGAAGAUGACGAGGAAGAGGUACAAAGUAAGAGGCGGAGUAAGAACAAUGUUCAGAUUGGAUCUAACAUGCAGACUGGUGGCAGGGCUCAACCCGAUAGAGGAAACGGCCAGCGGACGGAGCGCCCUCCUGAAUGCAAUCAGCAGUAGUCCUCACUUGUGUGCAACAGACCUGGAUAGAUUUAGUGUCAGCAUAGCAAAUACAGUAGAAUUUCUGGGUUACUUCAGUCAUAAGUUGCAAUUUGAUUUUCUUUUAAUUUUGGGUCGUUGUAUGAAUUUUAUGUCUUAAAUAUUUUCUAUAUGUUGACUCUUGAGAAAGAUUUGUGUUUUUGUCCAUGUCCCAUAUUCACUGACUGUGGAUCACACAUGACACACUGUACAGAUCUGCCAACAGUGCUUCGUAUUUUAACAAAGUAUUCAAAUUUAGUAAAA